AUGGGUCUUUACAACCGCCGUCACGACUCCUCCCCUAGCCCUUUCCCUCCCACAAUCUCUGUCCCUUCUCCCUACAACCACCGCCACACCCGCCAUGAAUCGUCUCCUUUAAUUUCCAUUUCACCACCUCCACGACCACCUUCCCCUGACUGCACCAGAAAUAUCAACCUCAACCGCCGUGACUCAUUGCCACCUUCUUUCCCUCCAAACUCCCCUCCCGCAACAACCUCCCAUUACCGCCGUGACUCAUAUCCAGGUCCUUUUCCUACCCUCCCGUCACCUUCGUCUUCUACCGUUUCCGAACCUCCAUUACCUCUCUACCAUAAUCGACGUGAAUCAUGUCCGAGUCCAUUUCCUUUCCCCAUUUCGCCGUAUCAUGAAUCAACAGAUCUAUCUCUCCUUCCUUCAACGUCUUCCUCAAAAAAUCUCAACCACCGUCUCCUCAAGCGCAGACUAGAUAUUCGCAACAAAGAUAACUAUCACGACAACAAUAACGGUCUCAUAUGGCCGUUUUACGAUAUCAAGUUUCUCGACGACGAUGAUAUAAGAGAAACCGCGUACGAAGUUUUCUUCACCGCGUGCAGAUCUUGCCCCGGUUUUGGUGGCCGGAGUGCACUCACGUUUUAUUCGAAACAUGAAAGCAGCGGCGUCGGAGGGAUGAGCCCGAGUAGUCCGGUGGCACAGACAAGUAGGACGAAAAGAGCGCUUGGUUUGAAGAUUUUGAAAAGCUCUUUGUCUCAGAGAAUGGCGAUGAGAGGCAGUUGGACAAUGUCGAUGUCAUCGCCUCCGUCGCCCGUGGCAGAAGGUAGCCCGCGCCCUCGGGUUUUGCCGAGGCGGAUAAUGACUAUGGCGGAAGUCAUGAGGCUACAGAUGGGAGUUUCGGAACAAAGUGAUAGCCGGUUGAGGAAAACCCUUAUGAGGACCCUUGUUGGUCAACUUGGUCGGCAAGCCGAAACUAUCAUCCUCCCUUUGGAACUCCUUCGACACCUCAAACCUUCCGAAUUCAAUAACCCUCAUGAGUACCAUUUGUGGCAAAAGCGGCAGCUCAAGAUCCUCGAAGCGGGGCUCCUCUUACACCCUUCAAUUCCGGUUGAAAAGACUAACACAUUCGCGAUGAAUCUCAAGGAAAUAAUCCGUAGUGGUGAACUCAAACCGAUAGACACGAGCAAGAACUCGGAAACAAUGAGAACCUUUAGCAACUCAGUGGUUUCCCUGUCGAUGAGAAGUCCAGACGGUGUUCCGACUAAUGUCUGCCAUUGGGCUAAUGGAUUUCCUGUCAAUGUUCACCUCUACACUUCCCUUCUUCAAUCCAUUUUUGAUCUCGAAGACGAAACAUUAGUCCUGGACGAAGUCGACGAGUUACUCGAAUUAAUGAAGAAAACCUGGUCGACACUCGGGAUCAAUAGGCCGAUUCACAAUUUGUGCUUCGCGUGGACACUGUUUCAACAAUAUGUAGCAACUGGACAGAGAGAACCUGAGCUUCUUUGUGCCUCACACACUAUGUUCAAUGAAGUUGCAAAUGAUGCUAGGAAAGAAAAGGAAGCCUUGUAUGUUAAUAUGUUGAAAUCGGUACUCGGUUCGUUGCAGAGUUGGGCUGAUAAGAGGUUACUUAACUACCACGCAUAUUUCCAAGGAGAGUCUAUUCGACAAAUCGAAAACCUUCUUCCUGUGGUGUUGUUGGCAUCCAAAAUUUUAGGAGAUGUUACAAUAUCUGAUGGAGAUUGGCAAAACAAAGGAGAUUUCUCUGCCGAACGCGUUGAUGGUUAUAUCCGUUCAUCGUUGAAAAACGCAUUUGAAAUGAUAAUAGAAGCAGAAAAUGCAAAAUCCACCGAAUCUGAAACAAAGCAAGACAUAAGUGAAGUUAUGCUUGAUUUGGCUAAGGAUACUGAAGAAUUAGCGAUGAAGGAGAGACGAACUUACAGCCCGAUUUUAAAGAAAUGGCACACGAUAGCGGGGGCAGUUGCAGCAUUGACACUGAACAAUUGCUAUGGGCAUGUGCUAAAGCAGUAUCUAAGUGAAAUGAUGAAAACAAUAACAGUUGAGUUAAUUUUAGUGCUGCAGAGGGCUAGAAGGCUAGAAGAUGUUUUGGUUCAAAUGGUUGUUCAAGAUUCCGCCGACUGUGAGGACGGUGGCAAAACAAUUGUAAGAGAAAUGGUUCCUUUUGAAGUAGAUUUAAACAUAAUGGACCUAAUGAAAAGAUGGAUUGAUGAAUCAUUGGAAAAAGCGAAUGUGUGUUUGCAGAGAGCAAAAGAAACUGAAACAUGGAAUCCGAAGUCUAAGUCGGAGCCGUAUGCAAAAUCGGUGGUGGAAUUGGUGAAUUUGGCCAAGAAAAUUGUGCAAGACUUUUUCCAAAUUCCAAUUGCAAUAACUGAGGAUUUAGUUCAAGAACUUGCUGAUGGAUUACACAAAAUCUUCAAAGAGUACACAAUGUUUAUAGCAGCAUGUGGUUUGAAAGAGAACUACAUUCCUUCUCUUCCACCAUUGACAAGGUGCAACAGAAAUUCAAAGUUCCACAAGCUAUGGAAGAUAGCUAGUCCUUGCAAUGUUAGUUGUGAAGAUCCACACAUAUAUGGAAUAUAUGAAUCAAGUCACCCUCAUUCAUGCACUAGCCGAGGAACACAACGUCUCUACAUUCGUCUCAACACCUUGCACUAUCUCCUUUCUCACAUCUCAUCGCUCGACAAAUCGCUCACACUCACCCAGGGAGUAGUACCUUCUGAUCGCCUCCGCUGCUCAACAGACAUCAACAACACUCAAGGAAAAUCAACUUCAUACUUUGAAACAGUUAACAACUCCAUCUCAGCAGCUUGCCAGCAUCUAUCGGAAGUGGCUUCCUACCGUCUCAUAUUCUUCGACUCAAACUCUUUCUUCUACGAUAGUCUCUAUGUAGGAGACGUCGCCAAUGCUCGAAUCAACAAUGCCGUGACAAUCCUCAAACAUAAUAUCAAACUAAUGACAGCAAUUCUUACAGAAAGAGCUCAACCGUCGUUAAUAAAGGAAAUCAUGAAGGCGUGCUUCCACGCGUUUCUUUUCGUUUUGCUUGCUGGUGGAACGACGAGGAUGUUUAACGAGUCGGAUCAUGUGAGUAUUCAAGAGGACUUUCAAUACUUGAAACAAGAAUUCUACAAUUGUGGUGAAGAGUUGAUAGCAAAAAGUGUUGUGGAUAAAGAAGGUGAGGUAGUGGAAGGUGUGAUAGGAUUAAUGGGAAUGAAUACUGAAGAAUUGAUGGAAAAUUUGAGUAAUUUUUCAAGUGAGAUUGGAAAUGGAAUGAAGUUGCCAAUGCCUCCCACUGCAGGAAAAUGGAAUAGGACUGAUCCCAACACAAUUUUGAGGGUUUUGUGUUAUAGAAAUGAUAGAGUUGCUAAUCAUUUCUUAAAAAGGACAUUUCAAAUAGCUAAGAGGAGAUAG